AGAAAUGAGGUUCAAGUUGUAGUCGCAUGGAUAUACAAUUGUAGACAUGUCAGGUCAAACACCAGGAGACGAGAAGGCCGUUGAAGACAUCGUAUACAAGUUAAAAUCACAGGGAUUAUUCGAUCAACUGAGAAAAGAGUGCCUAAAUGAUGUUGAUACCAAGCCAGCAUACCAGAAUCUUCGUCAAAGGGUAGAGUCUUAUGUGGCAAGGUUUCUUUCACAACAAACAUGGAGCCCAGAGUUAAACAAGAAUCAGUUGCGAGACAGCUUACGUCGACAGAUAAACCAAUCGGGAAUGCUGUCAAGUGGGGUGGAAAGAAUCAUAGAACAAGUUGUGAAUCCAAAGAUAUUUACAAUCAUCAAACCUAAAAUUGAUGAAAUUGUCUGUAAGCAUCUUGGUAUUGAUCCAGAAGAAAGACAGAGACAACAAGAGGAGCGGAAAUCUCGUCAACAGCAGAUUCAAAAACAACAAUUUCAGCAGCAACAGCAGCAAAGACAGCAGCAGGCCCCAAAUGUCAGUGAGCCACAGCCUCUGAUGAGUUUGUCAACCUCAGUCACAGGCCCAGUCCCUGGAUACGACAGCUUGCCUGGAGUAGGAAGCAACAUGUAUACAGCUUAUAGCCCCAGUGCUAACUGGCACAGACCCUUUGGUACCAUGCUCAAUCCUCAUUUAAAUUCUAACUAUCAGGUAAACCCUCUCUAUCCCCAAGGCUAUGGCUCUUAUGGCAUGGCCUCGCCUAUGUACCCCUAUAUCCAACAGGGCUGGGCCAUUCCUCCUUUCCCGGGGAUGCCUCCAAUGUUUCCCCAGCAACCACCUCCCCCUAUUCCUCCAGGGACAGGUUCCGAAGGAGUUCCUGCAGUUCCCGCCCCUCAGUUUACAGAACCACCUCCGCCACUACCGACUGAGCCAUACUCAGCGGUUGAGCAAAUGGAAACGGUUCCUGCCCCACCCCCAGAACCUGAGCCCUCGACCAAUGAUUUGACACCCCCUGGCAUGACCCCAGUCACCUUACCCGUAGCACCCUCAAAGCCUGAAAAAGCAGAAAAGCCUACAACAGAAAAAGUUGACAGUUCAAAGGCAGCAGAGGUGAAAAAAGAGAAGGAGAAACCCAAGAAAACCGAAGCUAAGAGCAAAUCUGAAAGUAAGCCAGCAGACGGUACGUACAACAUUCUUAAAGAUAUUCCAUUGCCAAUCCCUCUUCCUGGGCGGAGUGAAUCUGGAUAUCAACCUGGAAAAGAAUCCAAGAAGAAAGCUAAUGGAGGAAAUGGUACUAGGGCGAAGGACAAACUUGCGUCUGUUUCUCAGGAUAAAGGGAAGGAAAAAACAAAGGAUUCUGGUGCACAGAAGGACACCAAAGACACUGAGAAUAAAACUGAAUCUGAUAAAAAGGUUACUGAAAAAUCAAAAAGUUCCACUUCUGAUAGUGUUUCUAAAGGCAAAAAUGGUGGCUCUGCCAAAGUUUCCAGACAUUCAGGGGAGAAGCAUCAAGUGUCACAAACAUCAAAACCAACACCUCAACACAUUAAACAGUCAAAGGAACAGGAUAGACAGAAGGACAGUAAGGACAGUGCAACAAAGGCUGUAGAAAAACCUUCAGGUAAAGAUUCUGAGUCAAAAGAAGAGGAUUCCAGGAAGGUAGAUGUUGUAAAAAGUAGUUUGACUGCUGAAAACCUGGAGAAGCUGUCGGCGACUCAGCAGACCAAACAGUACACGUUCUCGUGGACAAAGGGCGAUGAGGUGUCGAGUAUCACAGUCAGCUCUGUCCACACCAGUGACUUGUCCUCGUUUGAAGACGACGCAGCUGUGGACUCAGACAUGGACAGUGAGGAUGUCCUGAGUGAUGAGAAGGAGAUGUCCGCAGAGAAACCAGAAGAUAAUGCAGUUUCCACAGGAGAGAGUGCUGAUGUGAGUGGCAGCCAGUCAGAGUCUGUGGAAGUCACCAGUCCCAUGAAGCCGGCCGAUGCUCCUGCUCCUGUGGAUGUUCAGAUUACUACACCCAGACCAAAGAAACUCAUCUCACUGAUGUAUAACUACAGUGAUAGUGAUGACGAUGAAACCAGGGAGGAAAGGAAGGCCAGAAUUGCCCGUGAGAAAGAAGAGAGAUAUGCCAAACGUUUGCAGAGACGAGCAGAACUGGAUGCUAAACGGAAAGAGAGAGAAGAGGAGAAAGUGAGAAUAAGAGAGGAAAAGAGGAAAGGGAGGCUUUCUGAGUCUGACAAGAAAACUCAAUCUGAAGAAUCUGAAGGAGCCAAGAAUGCCAGCUCUUCUACUGAGCCUCAGAAAUCAGAGGAGUCAGAAGACAAACCUGCUGCAACUCCCGCUUCUCCAAAGAAGAAGACCAAGAGGGAGCUCAAGGAGCAACUGAGAGAGCAGAAGGUCAUGGAGAAGAAGUUAGCUCUGAGGCGUCAGAGAACCCGUAACCGACGCUAUACCUCGGAGGAAUUCACGUCCAUAUUCACAGAGAAACAGCAGCCGUUCUCAAGUCAGAGUUAUGCGAAUGUCAAGGAGCAGAACGUGGAAGACACCAGUGUGGUGGAGGAUGCUGUAGUGGUGGAAGAAACAGUUGUGGUAGAAGAAACCGUUGUGGUGGAGGAGGCAGCUGUAGUGGAGGAUGAAGCUCUCGUGGAGGACACAGCAGUUGAGGAGAAGUCGCAUGUUGUAGAGAAUAUAGGUGUGGUACAGGAGACCAGUGUACCCGAGAGCACUGACAAACCAACUGGUGAUGUCACCCCUGGGAAAAGCCCCCAGUCCCCCAAGUCCCCAGCCACACCCACGCAGGAUGAACCAUGUGUGUACCCCGUCCCCGAGAGCACCAGCUCCCUCCCCACAGGAAUACCUGUGUACGAAAUCACAGCAGCCCCUACAACAACACUCACCAUAGGUCAGGUCAUUCACGAGACACGUUCUCGAACACGGAAGUUAAGUGAUGAGCGGAAGAGUAAUGAGACCCAUUCCACAGGGAGGCCCGGAUCCCCUUUUAGUGACAUAUCAGAGACUUCCAAACCAGAGUCAGUCGGAGACUCGCAGGAGAGGCGACCAAAGCGCCGGCGGAUGGACAGUAUCAGCCCAGGGAGUGCAGAGGGCACAACCAGCCGUACCAGAAGGAGCAGUGGUGUUAGUCCAUCAGACAGUCACAAAGGUGCUACAGAAGGGCCUGAUGUGCGCACAAGAGGGAAGAGGUAUAGUGUUGAUGACCUUUACAAACCACGCACCAUCCAUCGCAGGUCACUGUCACCUCCCCCGUCUCCACCCGCCACUCCUAAGACGCCCACUUCCAGCAGUACUCAUCGCCGUUCUCCCCUGUCAGCAGAAAGUUCCGCCUCAGGUCCUGAGAGAAGACUUCACCCCCCGUCCCCACCCCCAUUGUCAGCCCCCAACACCUCCAAACGGUACGAUGCUGAGGACCUGUACAAGCCACGACAACCAUCGUCACGCUCCUCCAGGUAUUUACAGAGGCAAGGGCCCUCCACAGCCCACGAGGAGGUCACGAAGCGUGGCAGGCACACAGGCAAAAAGGGUGACAACUUUGCAAAGGAAGGUGGUAAGAGAGAGCUACCAUUUGCCGCUAAGGAGCUGAGUGAUGAAGAGUUGGUGGAAGAAGGGCAGGAGAGUGGCGCUGAGGUGGAACGAAAGCGACACAAAAGGCCCAUUGCUCUGGUGGACUUCGGUGAGGCAGCUCGCAGAACAGACCGUGGCCCACCUCAGGGGGAGAAAUUCAGGGGGCAUACAUGGGGUAAGGGCCGGCCUAGGAUGGACAGGAAAGGCCAGAGGAAGUACUUUGAUGCAGGUUGGUCUCUGUCAGAUGUGGAGAAAACUGGGUCCAAGUCUCCAGCCUCCAGUCACAGUAGUGGCAGUGGGGGUCAUUACUCCUCACGAUCAGGCUGGAAGGACUCCUACGACAGUGAACCAGGUCUGCUGCACCGCAGUGGCAGCCACUCACCAUCAAAACUUCCACGUAGUUCCAUGGAUAUGGUUGACCGACCACUGUCUCCCAGUGGUCGAGGUACGUCUUCCCCACCUUCUCCAGGAAUGAGACGGAUGCCCUCUCCUGGGUUGCGACGACCUCCGUCACCAGGUUCACUUCGACCGCCCUCUCCACUGUCUCCAGGUCGAGGAACCCGGCGACCACCAUCUCCAACGUGCCAAGGAAUGAGGCGACCACCUUCCCCGCCUUCUCCAGGCAUAAGACGCCCCCCUUCUCCACCAUCACCAGGUGUAAGACGGCCACCUUCACCGCCUUCUCCUGGAGUAAGAAGACCCCCUUCUCCACCCUCACCUAGUAUGCGGCGACCACCAUCCCCUCCCUCACCAGGCUUAAGACGCUCUGCCUCCCCAGCCUCAGAUUUAGGGCCCAGGACGCGAAGACACCGACCUGUUUCCCCUGACUUUGGUCGCAGCCGAAGACCACCCAGCCCCCCACCCGCUCCUCCACCCAGGCGCACCACUAGGAAUUCGCUGUACCACCCAGUCAUGACAAGCCCCACUAAGGGACGAGGAUGGGGGAGCAAGGAGAGGGGCUGGGGGGGUAGGCACCCUCAGACGUCUUCACAGGGAGGCCGCUAUUUGAGGAGUCGCUCUCCAACUGGAAGUAUCAGGAGGCAGCCCCCAGGACCCCACUCCUCAGGUAGAGGAGGGAAGAGCAGGAGAGACCCCAGUCCCCCACCAGCUAAGCGUCCAAAGCGAUGAGUCCAUAUCACAUACAACAAGCCUUGCAUGGCUAUUCGUAACUGUCCUGUCCAAACAAUCCUAAUGUUCUGCCUUGUGAAGACUGAGCAAUAAUUUGUACCAUUGAAAGCUUUGAGUUCUCCUUAAGGUAUUAAGACUGUUAAUGUAUAACACAUGUUUGGCAAGUCCCACCUUUACAGAUCAGGCAACACCAAUUUUAUUCUUUGUUUUACAGAUAAACAAACCAAAAAUGGAACCAAAAUAUGAUAAAAUUAACUACUUGUUUUGUCUGAUCUUGAUGUUUUUAUACUUUCUUGAUUUCCAAGGCCUUCCAAUUCAUUAAUUUCUCACAGAUUGUAUGGUUUUUCAGUUUUAUUUUUAUACAGUCCUCCAACAUUAAAAAAAAAAAGAUUUGAUUCUGCACGUAAAACAUUAAUUUCAAUUGGUGUGGCCUGUAUGAUGACAGCACUUGUGACAGGUCCUGAGGGUGAUUUAUCAUGUUUAUUGCAUAUAACUCUCUUGUUACUGUCAUUAACUUGCCAGUAUUAUCUUGCAUUUGCUUGUUAGUUAUUGUUUAUUUGAGUGUGUAACAUGCAGUUUACAUAUGUUUUAUAUGUAAUGUUCAUUCUAAGAUGUUUGUGUUUUUUGCAGGCAUUACUUUGGCUGUUGAUUCCUUGUAAAUACAUCAUUAAAUAUAUAAACUUAUAAAUGUUGUCAAACAUAUUAAACUUUCUUCAGUUAAGAACUAUGAUUUUUUUCAAAACUUUAAUUCAUUAGUGUUUAAUACCAGAUUAUGGUCUGUUUUAUGCA